GCUGUUAUAUCGUAUAUUAUAACAAUUCAACAUCUCAGACAGAUAAGAUAUGGGACUCGGCGUCCUUCGAAAAUGUUUGCAUUUACUGGUCUGCCUUUAUGGUUGUCUCCAUACUUCGCAAGGUCUCACUCGAGAUUCCUCAGAGGGCGUGUUGUUGAUGAUGAUGGUAGAAGAAAAAGAUUCUUACUUGGAUAUCACAGAGAUCAGUUCAGCCCAAGUUGAAGACGGUGACGAAUGUGGAUUUGCCUGUGCAGCCAACCCAAAGUGUUUUUCGUACAACUUGGAGGCCGUGACCGGAACACUCCUGUGUAAACUGCUUCCAUCAGACAAGUACAACAAUUCGGGCAAUUUUACCGAAAAGCGUGGUUUUCAUCAUUACAGUAUUUGGACCCCAUGCGCCAAUGGGCCUUGCCAAAAUGGCGGGACAUGUGUGCCACAGUACAAUACCAAGAGUUAUGUAUGUGUUUGCGCCAUCGGAUUCACGGGAAAAGAUUGCCAAACAAACAUCAACGACUGCAAGGAUGAUCCAUGUCUGCAUAGUGGAACCUGCAUUGAUCGACUCAAUAGUUUCGACUGCGGUUGUCCGCCUGGAUUUCUUGGUCCUCGAUGUGAAAAUGUAUCUGGUCUGUCCAUCAACUCUACAAUUUUGUCAAACAUCGGGAGCUUUCUCGGCAACCUUUCACAUUUCCUAGCACCCGCCGUGGGAAAUACUUCACGAUGGCUGCUAUGCCACCGCGCCUCCACGCACGGCUGGGCUGUAAAAACCUUUCACGACAGGUGCGACCUUAAACCAAACACCCUGACCAUCAUCAAAAAUGGCCAGUACUUGUUUGGAGGAUACACUGAUAUUGCUUGGGAUUCUUCUAGUGGUUAUGGCAAAACUCCCAAUGCGUUCAUAUUUUCUCUACGGAACAAAGAAGAACUGCAUCCAUUUAAGAGCAUGGUCAUAACGCCACAACUUGCAAUUUACAAGUAUGAGGAGUAUGGUCCAACAUUUGGAGGUGGCUGGGACAUUUACAUUUCGGAUAAUGCUAACAGUAACAAUGGUUCAUACACCCACCUUAGCUGCUACGAGACACCAAAAGGAGCAAAUACGCCAGCCACAAUCUUGUCUGGUACACCACACUUCUCACCUGAUGACUGGGAGGUGUUUUAUCUUGGUUAAAAUACCCUUGCCAUCAAAAACUCUUUACUUGGCCUGUGAUUCACUAGAUAGUUUCAGAUAUCUGAUAGUUUCAGCACUACUUAUUUACUAUCUUAGAUCAUCUACGUAAAUGACUUCAAUUUAUCCGCACUGAAAAGCUUAGGGUACUCCUUGUAAAUGAAUCCAACAAGCGAAGGGAUAGAUUAAAAUAUACCUUAAUAAUAUAAAGUAAUGAUAAUGAUAAUAAUUACAAUAAC